CGUUUAGCUUCAGUUUUAUACUCGCUCCGAAGGAAGAAGGUAUUAUCGCGUAUUCUUCAGCGUAUUACGCUCGUCGCUGUAGGUAUUGAAAUACUAGUCGUGUUAGGUUAACUUUAGAUACUCAUGUGUUGCUGAUGGAAAAAAGGACUGUUUCUUUUCAAUAGAAAAAGCUGUGUGUGUUUUUGAUAAACUGUGUCGUUUUGUGACUGAUGGGUAUAAAGGAAAAUAAGUCUUGCCAAUGCCACAGUGCUGAAGAUAAGGGAGACAACAGUUUUUCGCCUGUCAAAGGAAAAAUGAAGGUUUUGAAGAAGAUCAAAAGACGUAUGGGAUUAGCAUCCCGUUCAUCUUCUAACGGUGGUACCAAUAAUCUUCCUCCGCUGCUUUUUCACAAUGUCCAUGGUGAAAACAUCAGGAUAUCCAGAGAUGGUACUGUAGCUAAACGUGUUGAAAGUUUCUGCAAGGGCAUCGCUUUUAGUUCAAGACCUGUUAAAGUCAAUGAAAAGGUUUGCAUCAAAUUCUUGGAAAUUUCGAACAACUGGUCCGGCGUAAUAAGGUUCGGUUUCACGUACAACGAUCCAACUAGUCUGCGAUAUGGUCUACCAAAGUACGCCUGUCCCGACCUUACCAACAAACCGGGCUAUUGGGCGAAAGCGUUACCAGAACGGUUUUGCAGCCAAGGAACGAUCCUUUUCUAUUACGUAACAUCGACGGGUGACGUCCAUUUUGGAAUCAACGGCGAAGAAAAGGGAAUAUUUUUUAGCAGCGUAGAGACCAGAGGGCCUUUGUGGUGUUUAAUAGAUAUAUAUGGAAAUUCCACAGCUAUUGAAUUCGUAGAUAUUAGGCAUCAGUUGAAUAACUCAUCGAGGCAUAAUGCGGCGAAUUGCGAAAACCGAGGUGAUCCCGUAGAAAGAAUAACGUACCCAAUGCAACAGAUGACCAUUCAAACUAACGAAGAAAUGACUUUACCUUUAUUACGUUACCAGCCCACCCAACUAAAUUUCCAAGCAAUGCCUCUACACAGAACUAGAGGUAGAAACGUUAAAUUCAUGACUAAUAACCGAAGUGUCGCUUAUAGAACGGAUUCAGAAUUCUGCCAAGGUUACGUAUUUACUUACCGACCUCUACAAAUAGGCGAAAGGAUAGUAGUUCAAAUUUUGGGUACAGAACCCAUGUUUCAAGGAAGCUUAGGUUUAGGGCUGACUUCCUGUGAUCCCGCUUUGCUCUCGCAACCUGAUUUACCUGACGAUUCUAAUUUUCUAUUAGACAGACCCGAAUACUGGGUAUUAAGCAGAGAUUUUGCUAGAAAUUUAAACAAAGGUGACGAAAUAGCUUUCUGUAUAUCGCAGAACGGUGAAGUACAAAUAUCAAGGAACGGUGGUGCACCUUUAGUAGUCAUCCAUGUGGACCAGACUCUACGGUUAUGGGCAUUUUUUGAUAUCUAUGGUUCUACUCAACGUAUUCGGCUGCUAAGCAGUUCCACUCCAAUAUCGCCUACUAGGAAUCCAGAAAGGAGGAUAAUAACCCCUUCUAGUGAAUCGAUGAACAGUAUUAAUAGUCAAUCGGAAAUACGUCGGAACACAGCAAUGCAACAACAGUCCAAUUCUAGAGUGUGCUGCGUAGCUCCGGCGGAUAUCCAAGUCCAACCAGCCGCCAACGGAGGAGCCGUCCUGUCAGUUAUUUUACCUCCCGGUCACGCGAAUAUCAUCAGUACGGCAGCACCUGUUCCCGUGACUCACCACAUCCACACCACCCAGAAUUCAGUUAGCAAUAAUCAUCCUAGUCAACAAAAUUCUUAUCCAGGACAUUCGACUCACCAACCACCGAUGUCGCCUGUUGGUAAUAGUGUCAUGGCUCCUGUUCCCACUUCGUCUAAUUUACCUACGGGAACCAUGCUGUCGACGUGUAGCAGUAACUAUAUAGAACCCAUCUCGGAUUCGAGUACCUAUUCGACCCCGCUGUCUUGGGUAGAACAAAACGGCGCGCAAAUAGGCGCCGAAUGCACGAUCUGCUACGAACACCCCAUAGAUGCGGUGCUCUACAUGUGCGGACAUAUGUGCAUGUGCUACGAGUGCGCUCUACAGCAAUGGCGCGGCAAAGGAGGCGGACAUUGUCCUCUUUGUCGAGCCGUCAUCCGGGACGUCAUCCGCACAUACAAGUCGUAGAAGAUAUUUGUUACCUACCUGUUGAAUUCGGACGUUAAGUUUUAUUUUUUAUUGAACUGUUGAAGUGACUAGUGCUUCCAAACAAAAAAAAACUUUAAAAGGGAAAUUAUGUAUAAACAAUUACUGCCUAAUGCUCGCUUUUUUAUAAAGACUGAAUAUUUGUUAACUGUGAGAAUAUUUUUGUGUCCAAUUCUAUUUUCUUAAACAUGUAAAACUUACUUCACUGCUUGGAAACUUUAG